AUGUCCCCGCACCCCCAACAGACCACCCACUCACAUUCCCUUCACGAUCCAGAAACAUUCUGGUCUUAUCACGCGGCCAGACUCCACUGGCACCGCAAGCCUUCACGUGCCCUAACUCGGCAGACAAAAUCCCUAAACGGAACCGAGCAUGAGCACUGGUCGUGGUUUGCCGACGGUGAGAUCUCCACAACCUACAAUUGUGUCGACCGACAUGUGCUCGCAGGUCAUGGAGACAACGUUGCAAUUGUUUGGGAAUCACCAGUUACCGGUGUAACGGAGAAGUAUACCUAUGCCUGUCUACUUGAUGAGGUUGAGGUCCUUGCUGGUGUAUUGAGGGAGGAAGGGGUACAGAAGGGCGAUGUUGUUAUUAUUUACAUGCCAAUGAUCCCCGCGGCCUUAAUCGCCGCGUUAGCAAUAGCCCGCUUAGGUGCAGUCCACGCCGCUGUCUUCGGUGGUUUCGCCCCGCAAGCUCUAGCACAGCGUAUCGAGGCCGCGCGCCCGAGAGCUAUAAUGACAGCGUCAUGUGGAAUAGAGGGAUCCAAGGGGCCCAUUUCUUACCGACCGCUCGUUGAGGGCGCUGUCAAGGCAAGCAGCUUCAAGCCGAGCAGGAUCAUUGUCUGGCAGCGUGACCAACUGCGUUGGAAUCAGCCCGAUAAGCGUGGUGGACAGCGUAACUGGCAGAGGCUCGUUAAGAGUGCACAGUUCCGUGGGGUUAAGGCUGGACCUGUUCCCGUCAAGAGUACGGACGCGCUUUAUAUUAUUUACACAAGUGGAACAACCGGCCUCCCCAAAGGUGUCCUCCGCGAAGCAGGUGGACACGCCGUGGGUCUGGAACUCUCGAUAAAAUCCCUCUUUGGGAUAAAAGGUCCCGGUGACACAAUGUUCUGCGCAUCAGACAUAGGCUGGGUCGUCGGGCACUCGUACAUUCUCUAUGCGCCGCUACUAGUCGGCGCCACAACGGUCCUGUUUGAAGGCAAGCCCGUCGGCACGCCGGACGCAGGGACAUUCUGGCGCAUCGUUGAGAAACACAACGUGAAUGCGCUUUUUACGGCUCCAACUGCCAUGCGAGCUAUCCGGAAAGAUGACCCAAACGACCAGAUUAUCGGCGAGGUUGGGAAACGUGGAGGAUUGAAAUCUCUCCGUGCGCUUUUCCUCGCCGGUGAACGUAGCGAGCCGAGUAUUGUUCGCUCAUACCAAGAUCUGCUUGGUAAGUAUGCAGCAGACGGUGCGCUUGUUAUUGAUAACUGGUGGUCAUCGGAAUCCGGAUCCCCGAUUACGGGUGUUGCCUUGAAUGGAAGUGCUGCCCUUGCUAGUCUAGCAUCCGGGCCAGAUCACUCGCCCCUCACGCCCCGUCCCGGCUCAGCAGGCUUCCCAAUGCCGGGCUUUGACGUUCGCAUCGUCGAUGACGAAGGCAGUGAAGUCGUGCCGAGCACAAUGGGUAAUAUCGUUAUGGCGCCACCACUCGCCCCGUCGGCAUUCACGACCCUCUUUGAGGACGAGGAGCGGUUUUACCGUGGAUAUCUCAAGCGGUUUAAUGGCCGCUGGGUUGAUACCGGUGACGCGGGGAUGAUUGAUAAGGAUGGAUACGUGCAUGUUAUGUCGCGGAGUGACGAUAUCAUCAAUGUUGCCGCGCAUCGGUUCAGUACUGGAACCAUUGAACAAGCCAUCCUCUCACACCCAUCGAUCAGCGAAGCAAGCGUCGUCGGCAUCCCCGACCCCCUUAAAGGCCAUCUUCCCUUCGCGUUCAUCCAGCCCAAAGCUGGCGCAAUCCCUGGAGAAACCGGACCUCUUCCGGCAGCACCCAGCCCGCAGUUAUUUGCUGAGGUUAACGCGCUGGUCCGCGAGCAGAUUGGGGCUAUUGCGUCGCUGGGUGGGAUUAUACAGGGCCGGGGGAUGAUUCCUAAGACGCGGAGUGGGAAGACGCUUAGACGUGUACUGAAGGAGCUUGUUGAGCUUGGGGUAAAGGGGGAGUAUACGGCGGAGGUUAGUGUCCCACCCACUGUUGAGGAUGCGGAGGUUGUCUCUGUUGCGAGGGAGAGGGUUAGGGAGUAUUUCGAGGAGAAGGGGAAGGCGAAUGGGGUCGGGAAGCCGAAGCUUUAG